AGCAACAUUAAGGAAUAUAACUUAGACAACUUGCAUUUUCAUAUUUAUUGGUAUUUUUAAACGUUUUAAAAAGGAUUCAAAAUGGCACAGAAUGCCUUGGAACAUCAGUUGCUUGAGGCAACAAGGAUCAUGGAGCAGCAAGUGGAUGCUGAGAUUGAGAAGUUAGAUCGUAUGGAUGAUGAUGACUUUGAUAAACUUCGUGAGAGGAGAUUGGAAGCCAUGAGGCAAGCCCAGAAACAGAAACAGGAACUGCUUGCCAAAGGUCACGGGAAAUACUACGAAAUAGCCACAGAAAAAGAUUUCUUUGAUGAGUGCAAAAGGAGCAAGAAAGUUGUGUGUCAUUUUUAUAGGGACAGUACAUUUAGAUGCAAAAUUGUUGACAAACACCUAGAAAUUUUGGCUCCCAAGCAUGUGGAGACAAAAUUUAUUAAGAUUAAUGCAGAGAAAUGUCCAUUUUUAGUAGAAAGGCUUAGAAUUGUUGUAAUGCCUACUAUCUGUGUUGCCAUUGAAGGCAAAACUACGGACUAUAUUGUGGGCUUUGAUGAUCUGGGAGGAGUUGAUGAUUUCCCCACAGAGAUGCUGGAAUGGAGAUUGGGCCGUGCUCAGGCAAUCAAUUACCAGGGGGAUCUUUUGAAUCCUCCAGAGAUAGGGGAGAAAAAGAAAGGGGGAAUUUUAGGAUAUAGUAAAACAUCAAAAACCAUCAAAGGACGGGAUGAUGAUGGUAGCAGUGAUGAAGAUGACUGGUGACCAUAUACAGUUCCUGUGUUCUUUUAUCACUUUACUGACAUAAAAUUUUCAUAUUUAUUUCAUGCAUUAACAGACAUUUAUUAGUCAAAAAAAUUGCAUUAUCAAAUCAUUCAUUUAAUAAAUGGAUGUUAAGCUAUUAAAAUUUGUGUUUUGAUAUCAGACUUCACAGUGUACUCUGAAAUUCCUGUAGUAAAUGACUGUAUACUA